AUUCUCUCUCCCUCUCUCUCUCUCUCUCUCUCUCAUAUAAGCCUCGGCAACAGGAGGUGUAUGAACAAACCUGCUCGGGUGUCAGAAGAGCAAAUAGCGCUGUUUCCUCUCUCAGUGUUGUUGGUGUUGACUUUUGUUCGUCGUUUAUUAUUACAGAUUCGUAAGAAAAGCUAGAAGUUUGAAGCUCGGACUGAAGGUUUCACUCAUCACACACUUCCUUCCGGGCGAUUAGACAGACGCACAGAGAGAUCAUCAUGGAGCUGUCCACUGCUGCUGAAGCUGAAUUUCCCGACCUUUACUCAGUCAUCCCAUAUAAUGUCACCUUCCCGGACGAUGUGACAGCCUUCGUUCCGGAUGGACAAAACCAAACUGAGCAAAAUCCCACGAAAGGAACAGCGGGGAUCAUAAUAGCGGUCUCAAUCACUGCUCUUUACUCCAUUAUCUGCGUCGUGGGACUUCUCGGGAACAUCCUUGUGAUGUAUGGGGUGGUCAGAUAUACCAAGAUGAAAACUGCCACAAACAUCUACAUUUUCAACUUGGCUUUAGCUGAUGCCUUGGCCACCAGCACACUUCCCUUCCAGAGUGCUAAAUACCUAAUGAACACCUGGCCUUUUGGCGAGCCCCUGUGCAAGCUCGUCAUCGCCAUUGACUACUACAACAUGUUCACCAGCAUCUUCACGCUGACCAUGAUGAGUGUUGAUCGUUACAUCGCUGUGUGCCACCCGGUCAGGGCACUCGAGUUCCGCACUCCCAUCAAGGCUAAGUUUAUCAACGUGUGUGUUUGGAUUCUCUCAUCUGCCAUUGGAGUGCCCAUAAUGAUCAUGGCAGUUACCAAGGUGACAGAUCAAGGAAAAACAGUCUGCACUCUGAAGUUUCCUGAUCCUGACUGGUACUGGGACACAGUGACAAAAAUCUGUGUUUUCAUCUUUGCCUUUGUGGUGCCAGUCCUCGUCAUCACAAUCUGCUAUGGCUUGAUGAUCCUUCGCUUGCGCAGUGUCCGGCUUCUCUCUGGUUCCAAGGAGAAGGACAGGAACAUGCGCCGCAUCACUCGCAUGGUGUUAGUGGUGGUGGCAGCUUUUAUCAUCUGCUGGACCCCCAUUCACAUCUUCAUUAUUGUCAAAACCCUGGUGGAGAUCGAUCAGAGGAAUCCCUUUGUCAUCGCCAGCUGGCACCUGUGCAUCGCCCUGGGUUACACCAACAGCAGUCUCAACCCCAUUCUUUAUGCAUUCCUAGAUGAGAAUUUCAAGAGGUGCUUCAGGGAGUUCUGCCUACCAUUCCGUACCAGGAUGGAACAGAACAGCAUUUCCAGAGCCAGGAAUGCCAACCGGGAGCCAGCAUCAGUUUGUGCUCCAUCCCAGGCAGGAAGGACGCCGGUAUGACUAGGCCUGGAACGGAUCCCUUCAGGAUCCCGCUCACGAGUCCAGCAAGACCUGCAGUCUGAGGUUACUCAGAUUACCACCACUGAAUUUUAGUAUUGACGGGAGGAUUGCCAUUUAAUACACUCUGUAUACUAGAUAAUAAGAUUCAUAUACCAGAGUGAAACCAAACUCUAACUAACUAUUUAUUGCCACAGGCAUGAAUUAAAAUACUCACUGUAUCCUCACAGGCAGCGAAUGCAUGUCAGAAGAUAUGAGGUCAAUGGCUUUGAUCAGUUAUAGACCAUCGGUGGAUUGACUGUGCCAUAAAAUACAGAUCAAGUGAAUUUUUAUUUUACUUUAUUUUUAUUUAUUUAUGUUUUGCUGCCUCCCAGAAUGGACUUCAUCCUGAGGCUGACACCCAAAUCAACAUCUUGCACCAUUUACUGAAAACUGAACAAAUCUGAAUGAGACAAAGAAUUUUAUUUUCAGAAGAAACCCAACACACGCUGAAUGUGAAGAAGGUUGCCUCACUAAGAAUGCUGUGUCAGACCAAAAAACUGAAAAAAAAUUCACUCUAAAAUAAAACCCUUGAGAUGAAGAAAUGAUGUCACUGUUUCCUUGGAUGCCAAAGGAAUAGUCUGUGAUAUGAACAGAGACAACAUGUGUCAAUGCAACCUGUCAUCAUAUCCUUUUUGUACUGACCCCAACACAUCAAUGCCUUGCAUUAGCACUCAUUAACACUGAAGAAAACCUGAAGAUAUCAUAUUAUUGUAAUUUUUCAGUGUUUUCUCAUAGCCAUCACCUUGACCUUGUACAGCUCUACAGACUUUGUUACAACACUGACUGAAUCAGUAUAAUAUCAUGAAUAUUUCUAUUCAGAAGGUAAAAACGAUCAAGAAAUAAGGCAUCGAGCAGAGUCACAUGGUUGCAUUAGAUCAUUAGUGUUUUCCACUAAGGGCUGGUGUGGCUGCAGGUAUUUUUUGUUUCAAGCAAACAGGAGCUAAUCCUGAUUCUACCUUUUCAUUCAGCUGAUCUUGAGCUAUACAGUAGGCCAGAAAAUGUAUGUCAAAGAAGUAGCAUGUCCAAAUUCUUAAUAUUUAUUAAACAGUCGGUGAAAAUUACCUGGCUUCUGCAGUUUGGAAGCAAUGGACAUUGUGCUAUCCCGUAAGGCACCAGGACUGGCGCUGAGGAGCUGAGUGUAAGUGUAUAGGUAUUAAACAUUGUUCCUUGUGGUACCUGAGUACAUUUUUAACUUGUUGAAGGUUGAACAACAGUAAAAAAUGUUAUGACAUCAUAGACGAAUGUAGGAUGUCCAGAUUGUAUUGAUAUUACAUACAUUUACUGAUCAGUUUGUACUGUUUCAAUGGCUGAGCAGCAGGUAAUGCUUGGUCUACAGAGGAAAUGAAAACCUGCAGCCACACCAGCCUUUUUUUUUUUUGUGGAUAGGACUUGAGACAACUAAUCUAAAUCUAAAUGUAAUUGUAAAGGAAAAGAAAAGUUUUAAAUAAAUUUGACAACGUGUAUCAUAAUUGGAAGUGAAAACUGCAACGAAUAUUAAAAAAAAAAAAGAUAUCAGCUUAAUCUUUUUAAGGAUUCCUAGCAAUUAUUUGAUAUUUAAAUAAGGAGGUUUGCUGGGAAUGCCUCAUUAUUGGCUUGAACAAAUUACAUAAGCAAAAUGAAACCUGCACAGGAGUGUAGACAGUAACAUACCAGUAGUGUAUUUAAGUAGUGCUUACACAGAAAUAAAAGAACUUCUGUUGUAUAUAGUAUACAGCAUAUUGUAUAUUACAUUUGUAAAUAUGUGCACAUAGAUGCUUAAAGAGUAACAAUCAUAGUGAGGUUGCUUUAGUGUUAUACGCAGAGCAGUAGAUACCAGGCUCUCUGUGCAUCUGCAGAAAUGUAUGUAAAGUGCCUAAAAAUCUGUGGUGAAAAUGUCUCUUUUUGUUUGUUCUCAUUUGCUUGAAUGGAUGUUAAAUGCUUUUAGUUUUUUUUUUUUUUUUUUACUGGUCAUUAUUCCUGAAAUAACAUGUUUUGACAUCACAUGCUUUACUUUGGGUGGAAUUUACUCUACCAUAGCUCUCAUCCAUGUCCAGAUACACAGACACUUACAUUUUGCGGAAGCUUUUAUCCAGAGCGAUUUACAAUAGUGCUUUUGAAGUCACCAUCAGUGAAUAUGUCAAUACUGGUUCAUAUACUGUGCUAAACAAUGCCUUGCAUGCCAGAAUCUAUGAUGAGCAGCAGGGGUCAUUCUCUUCCUGUUAGGUUGCUAACUUUCCAUGAUCUUAUUCUAGUUAUCAAAGAUAGCUACAAACAUGCAAACAACACAUUCAUAUUUGACAUAUUGACAUAUUUCUCCUUCAUGUUAAAUGAUAUGAUGCAGAUAAAAACUGCUUAAUUGUAUACACAAAUACUAAAUCUCCCUCCUUUCGAUUUUGCUGUAAGAAACCUCACAAGGUUAUGUAUGUAAUCUGGUUCCCUGAGAAGGAAACAAGAUGCUGUGUUAUGGCUGACACUAUUGGAACGCUUUCUCAUUGUGGACAUUGUGUCUGAAGCUCCGUGUGUAAUCAUGCCAAAUAUUCGGCUCAGGUAGGUCAUGUGAUAAAGUAGCGCACACAGCAAGACCAUAAUAGGGCAUCUAUGUCACAUUACUCCUUCUUCAACUUGUCAGGUGCAGUCUCUCCUGCUCCACCAACUCGUGGGGUGGAGGGCAGAAGGCCUGCAGAAAGGCUGGGUGACCGACCUCUAGCAGAGCCAUUUCCAGUAUCAGAAACUCCUAAGAGGCUGACACCAUUGGCAUAAAGCGGGCUUAAAGAAGCCUCUCCAGGGUCAAUCAGAGGUGUCAGGAGCAGAGACCUGGUCUGCAGGAAGCAUCAGCCGCCUGGAACUGCACAGAAGGCGAGAGACCAGAGAAUAGGCAUGUGACUCACAGCAAUGGUCGCCAUGUAUACCUCAAUGUAGAGGAUGAUAGGCCCUCAAAGAGGCAAGUCUGCAAGAACUCUAGACCAAGAGGGUCCCAAUCUAAGGGCAGGGGUGGAGAAUCGUCCCCUGCUACAGAGAGAGGAGGCUUCUUCUGAAGGGAAUCUCCAUAGAGCACCAUCCAGAAAGGAAAAUAGAAAGCCACAGGGGACAAAUCCUCAGCGGUAAACAAAGCCACUUCCGUCUGGCCACAAAUUGCCAUAUGCAUUCCACCACAUAUGGGUGCCUCAGCAGGGAGCCAGCUUCCUGAUCAUGGGCUCUGGGGAAAUCUGGUCUCUACCUAGGGAUAGAUCUGAACCUGAACAGAGGGUGCAAACACAGACCGAGUUAAUAAUUGAUGAAGGGGACCAUGAAAGGUAGCCCCUGAGUUUCAGGAGAAAGUGUUUCAGCACUAGAAACAUGGGGGCAUAUGUCGAAAGAGUCUUGCAAUGAUGUCAUGCCCUAAGAGUGGGACCCAAGGUGAGAAACUGGGGUCUGUCCACAUAUGAAGGGUACCCUAGCCCUCAGGCGUUAGGAUUUCCUACUGGUGCUCCGCUUCGUCACAUGAGCUGAUAAAUCAGUGCGAUUUCACACAGAGCUUCAGACACAACUUCCACAAAGAAAUGUUCCUAUAGCGUCAGCCAUGAUGCAGCGUCAAGUUACAUUGAAAGGGAACUAAUUUGGAAUAAUAGCUGCACCAUUUGCUGAUAAACUCUAUAAUAAUUAUGUAGUAAAGCAUAGUACAACGACUGAAGACCUGCAGCGAUAAAACUAUGUGUGAACAUAGUAUAUAUAAACUGUAACUUGAUCUUUAGACAGUCUAGCUAAAUAGUUUCUAACUAGCUAACUAGUUUCUCUGUUUGUCUCAGUCCAGUUGUCCAGUUAUUACACAGACUUGUGUGAGAGAAGGGAGAUUUGAGGGUCUGUCUAUAGCAUGGCUGAACUGAGGGAUGCAAAUACAAACAAGGAAUUCAGCACAGACCUGCAUUUUAUAUACAUUUUCAUCACAUUGUUUCAACAGUUAUGUUUCAUAUAUUCUACAGACAUUCAUAUUUUCCCUAUUUUAAAAAGAACAACAAUAUUGACCAGGACAUUUUAAUACGCUCUUUAUUUGUAGUGACUUUGUUAUGUCAAGUAUAAUGAGGAAUUGUAUUUUAACUGCAGGAGCAAAAAAUGAAUUAAGAUUCUGCCAUGCUGUGUUCACAGUAGCACAACCUCAUAUGAUCACAAGCUGUGGAUAAAGAGAAAACUGGGUUAAAAUGAAAAGAAAAGAAAAGAAAUCAUUCUUUUUUUCUUUUUUUUUGACACUUGUGUAUAUACUUACUUUAAAAUCGUAUGAAUUCACUGUUUAGAAGGUUACUGUUUUUCAAUAGGUCUUUUCUUUGUUCCUUACUCCUAUUUGCAUUUGAUUCUUUUUACUGCUUCAAAAUAAUUUUAAUGCACAAUCGUGGAACUUAUAUUCAUGCCGCCUGAACAUGACUUAUGGUUUCAAUAUUGAACCCAAUAUUUUGUUGUAACUGUUGCUGUUAUCCUCUGUUUACAGUUCUAAAACAGUCUUCUAUGGCCAUGGACCCCAAAUCAUAGCCAGGUGAUUGAUUGAUUACUCGAUUGUUUCAGAAAUCACAAACCAGCAUUAUGAAACAUUAUAUUUAUUAUUGAGUUCCAAAUUCUAAUGCAAUUUUAAUUCUAAUCCUUUAAGAUCGAGACUUAGGCCAGGCUUUAGUUUUUACAUUAUUAUUUCUGUUAGGUUAUUCUCAUUCACAACCAAAUUUGCUCAACAGAAAUCUGAGCACUCAGAUUAAACCCAACCAACUGAUUGGGCCCCACUGUUGCUAUAGCAACUAGCAACACAACUGAGCAAAAUACUCAGCAUUAGCUUAAGUGUCUUUGAUAAACUAGAAAUGCUCAUGAAUACUGAAACUGACUGAAACUGGGUAUCUUAGAGGACAUCUUGUACAGUCGUGUAUAAUUAAUAAUGUGUGCUAGCGUGUGUAAAUAUGUUUAUAAAUAUUAAUGAGAGUGCUUUUGAAUUGAAUUUUUACAGAGCAGAUUGCAAACAAGUCACUUCAAAAUAA